AUGGUGAAGCAUUCAUUCCUGGUUACUUUGGUAUAUCAGGAGAAGAUUCAGUCUCAGCAGAAAAAUGCCAAAAAGCAAGUUGGACAAAGGAAGCAAGGACAUGACCAAAAGGCUGCUGCCAAAGGUGCCUUAGUAUAUACCUGCACUGUCUGUAGGACACAAAUGCCAGACCCUAAGACCUUCAAGCAGCACUUUGAGAAUAAGUAUCCUAAGACUCCUCUUCCUCCAGAAUUAGCUGAUGUUCAGGCGUGA